AUGUUGGCUUCUGAAAAAGUUGAGAAUUCAAAGAGGUUGACUAUAAGGCCUGGAAUCAAGGUGUGGCUUGCUAGAGCCAUUACAACUGCAAUAAUUUGGAGUAUUUUUGCUCAAAUGAUUGCUCUGAGGGAAUUGUUGGGGCCAAUUCUGUUAAUGGGCAUGCCUUAUUGUUUCAGUUCCCCUGUUGUGUUUCAAAUUGGUGAAAAGUCUUUGGUUCCAACCAAGGUUGUUCUGCCACCAAAAAGGAUUUACAAGAACAAUGGUUAUCUUAUGGUCUCAUGCAAUGGUGGACUCAACCAAAUGAGAGCAGCAAUAUGUGAUAUGGUUGCUAUUGCAAGACAAUUAAAUGUCACUCUCAUAGUUCCUGAGCUGGAUAAAACCUCUUUCUGGGCUGAUCCAAGUGACUUCCAAGACAUAUUUGAUGUGAAUCAUUUCAUUACAUCCUUGCGAGACGAGGUUCGGAUAUUAAAGCAACUACCAUCAAGGGUGAAGACAAGAGUUGAACAAGGACUGUCCUUCUCAAUGUCUCCUAUUAGCUGGUCUAACAUCACAUACUAUGAAAAUCAGAUCCUUCCUCUCUUGCUGAAACACAAGGUUGUGCACCUAAAUAGAACUGAUGCUCGGCUUGCGAAUAAUGGACUGCAUACCAACAUUCAGAAGCUGCGCUGCCAUGUUAAUUUCAAUGCUUUGAGGUUUACUUCCCAGAUAGAAGAGCUUGGUAGAAGGAUAGUGAGGAUUUUGAGAGAAAGAGGACCCUUCAUUGUACUUCACCUUAGAUAUGAGAUGGACAUGUUAGCCUUUUCUGGCUGUGCUCAUGGUUGUGACAUCAAGGAGGAGGAGGAACUUACAAGAAUGAGAUAUUCUUAUCCUAUGUGGAAGGAAAAGGUCAUUAAUUCUGAGCUUAAGAGGAAGGAAGGUUUAUGCCCUUUAACACCUGAGGAAAUUGCUCUAACAUUAACAGCACUAGGCAUAGAUCAUAAUGUUCAAAUUUAUAUUGCUGCUGGUGAAAUAUAUGGUGGAGAGAAAAGGAUGGCAAGUUUACUCAGAGAGUUUCCUAAUCUGGUAAGGAAGGAAACUCUGCUGCAACCUUCAGAUUUGAUGAAUUUCCAGAAUCACUCAUCACAAAUGGCUGCAUUGGAUUAUCUUGUGUCCCUGGAAAGUGAUAUAUUCAUUCCAACAUAUGAUGGCAACAUGGCCAAGGUUGUCGAAGGCCACCGCAGAUUUCUAGGAUUCAAAAAGACUAUACUACUGGAUAGAAGGCUUCUGGUAAACUUAAUAGAUCAGUACACUAAUGGUUUAUUGAGCUGGGAUGAGUUCUCCAUUGCUAUUAAGGAAGCUCAUGUCUAUAGGAUGGGAAGCCCAAAAAGAAGAAUUGCCAUUCCAGAAAGACCAAAAGAAGAAGACUACUUUUAUUCUAAUCCUCAUGAAUGUUUGCAAUUGAUAGAUGAAAGUCAUGAAACAUUGGAAAGCACAUUAUCUUGAUUAAGAAUAUAAUCAUAAGGCAAAGGCAAUUGUUAUUGAAGGAGCUAUGUCCCUCCCUACCUCUGCUUAAUUGCUUUUAGUUCAACACAAGAAUCAUUAAC